GGUCAGCCUUAUAUUCAACAUGGUGAAUUGCUUUAGCUUGCUUGUCAAUGAUAUUUCUUACAAAGACGACGAUCAACAAAACAAAGAUUUCCAGCAAAUAAACGAAAGCUGCGACACAGUAAACGCAAUCAUGCAUGGUGGGGAAAGUUUUCAACAUCAUAGAAAUCGUACAGAAAGCAUUGACAGUUUCCAGUCCAUAGUCAGCCCUUCGUCGGUAACAUUGGAACAAAACUUCCACUUUCCACCGGGGGUGAAGGACGAAUUCCCCGAUGAUGGUUUUCCUUACUCCGAUGUCCCUGAUGUUCUAUCUCGACCCCCUCCUAUGACGCGACAAUACUCCAUCGGUACCGUGAUUGACGUCAUCUCACAACACGACAUAAACGAUAUCAGUGACGUCAAGAUUACGUCAUCAAACCGACGUCAGAGCGAACCGGUGGCGAUCACAGGGACUUACAAAGUCGAACGUAUCCAUGACAAUGAUGCAGGUUUCCCGGUUGGGGGAAACCCAUCCUACGUCACAAUGCAACAACAAUGGUCGCCAUUAUCAAGCAAUUAUUCCACGAGUCCAGAUCCACCAUUCGAAAACUACCAAGGCAGUCCAGGUAGUUGCCACACCCCUCAAUACGACCAAUCAACGAACACGAUUCUAGCAAUGAGCCCACCUGACCACCAGAUGUACCAACAAAACUGGGAACCUCCUUCCUACCCAAUUACCCAUAAUCCCACUUUGCCCCACACAAUCACUCAUAAUCCCACUUUGCCCCAACCAACCACCUGCCCCACGUUAUCAACGAUCAACUUUAACCAGUGCGGCUUGCAAGAAGUAACUGACACCAACAGCCUCAUACCCAUUCUCCACGAGUUGGAUAAAAUCGACCGACGUCGCAUCCGAAACAACGAAGCUUGUAAGAAGUCCAGAAUGCGACGAAAACAGCGGAAGAUGGACAAAGAGAGAGAAGCGGAAAGACUCGCGGCGCAGAACCUUCAUUUGAAAAGGAAAAUCUCGAUGUUGCAAAGUGAAUGCGACAAAAUACGUCGACAAGUUCUACAGGCGAGGCAAUGACUCGUGUUGUUUAUUUAUUAAUUUCGAAGCUGUGAAGUCCAUAUAUACUUUUGCUGUGUUGUGUAUGUAUUGAUGAAGGUGCCUCGUACGCCCCGUGUGUCUUGCCAAAGCUAUUUGUUGAUGGGAUAACUAACGUUGUAUAAAUGUACACAAGUCCCAACUAAUUUGAAUCAAUUUCAAUCCUCUGUUUUUGUAUUUGUCUUUUUUUACCUGUUAUUACGUCACAAUGUCUUGUGUUACGUGUGAGUCGCUGGUCGUACGUCACAGUGCUAGUUGUAAAAUGAAAGUGAAUUACACAAUGGGUCUUGAAUUUUCGUGCUGGUAACGAAAGUUGGACGGAAAAUCAUAUUUGUAGGCGUUGCUCUCUUGUACGGCGUGUGGUUUCAUUUCAAGUUCAAUUGCAAUAAUUUCUUUGUGGUAUUUCUUUGCUUCGUUGUAAAAUAAAACCAAAUACAAAACAA